UCCUGUGUAGUGCUGUUGUUUUGUACUAGUUUAUAUUUAUAAUGGUCUGGUUUUUGCCUGAUCUGGUAGGUGCCGAUUCUGGCUGUGUUGUAAUGCGCGGUAUAUUGGGCCUCAUUCAAUGCGUUUAAUGUUUGUGGAUGAAUGCCAAACCUCCAAGAGUUCUCUGGCUGUCCUCUGUUUGGCUUGUCCAAUGAUAGUGGUAUUGUCUCAGUUGAAAGUGUGAUUUUUUUUUUUUCCUUGUCUGUAUGUAUUGAAACCAAGGACAUCUGGUCGUGUUGUAUAUAGUUGCUAGCUGGUGUUUGUGGAUGCGGGUUACUAGUUGUCUGCCUGUUUGUCUCAUGCAGUGUUUUGUGUAGUCUCCACAUGGUAUUUUGUAGAUCACAUUUGUCCUGCGCAUGUUCUGUCUUUAACCCUGGUUAGCUGCUGUCUUAGUGUGACUGCCAGUUUGUGUGCUGUCAUGAUUCCUAGUGAUCUGAGUAGUCUGGCUGUCAAUUCUGAGGUUUUUUAUACAAGGAAUGUUGGUUAUUGUUUUGGGUUUUGGUGUGUCCUGGAUGUGUUGUCUGUUAGGCAGAUUCAUGUAGGUUAGCGUUAAGAAGUAAGUCAGUCUUGCUGGAUGAUUCAUGAAGAGUAGAUGGUGGAACAUAAUUUUUUUUUAACAGUUGCUUUUGGGAUUCUUGGCUUGGCAGUUAAUAAUGCUUUUUGUCCUGUUUCCUUUAUACAGCAGUUGGCUGGCAGCCGUCCAUCUUGACCUGUUUAUCUCUGGCUUGCUGGCUCGUCAGCUUCCAGGGUUUCUUGAGCCCUUUUUACCUGCAAGGUUGGGAUGACUAGUGGGUUGAUCAUCACCUGUAAUUUUCACAGCUCAGGACUGGAGGAGAUUGAUUGGAAUGCAAUGUUUCUGUAAACUGACACUAGAUGGAGUACACUACAGAUGUGAACUGCAGUAAUGGAGAAUUAAAUGUAGGUGUUGGAAAUCUCAGCUACCGAUGCAGGUCUCCCUAUCUAGCCAUGGCCUGGACUAUUGGUCAGCCUGCAAGUCUCACAUUCUUCACUGGGAGAAGCCACGUUCUUUUUGCCGCAGAUGAUGCCACUGCUGCUCCGAUCACUGGGAGGAGCUUUACUGCCACUGCCUCAAUGCUGGAAGGAGCCAUGUUGUUGCUGCUGCUUGGGUCAUUGCAUCUAAUCACCAGGACUGCUGGGAGGCUGCUGCCAUUACGCAAAAGGCCCACUCUCGCUGCCAAUGUCAUGCUGCUGCUGUCUUCAAUUGCUGAGAGGAUCCAGAUAGGAACUGUGAACACUGAACACUGCCACACCGCUCUCACUGCCAACAUUGUGCUGCCAUCUCCUCCAAUCACCGAAGCGCCAGGGAGGCCACUGCCUCUGAUCCAGCUGCCACCUCAGACAACCAGGACACUGCCACUAUUCUGCACAUGGCCCACUCUCUCUCUGUGCCGAUUGUUGCUGAAUUGCUGCAAAAGGCUUAAAGAAAAGAGGAAAAGAAAACAAAACAAAAGUUGGGAGUGGAUGAGCCCCAGGAUCAGCCCUGCUACUCUGCCACCAUGUUGAAUUCCACAAAUUAAUGUAUUAAUUGUGCAAUUUUUGAUACUGUAUGCACUUCAAUGGUAUGCAAGGUAUAUGGGUUAAAAUGUUAUCAGUGCAAUGUUUACUUGAAUAUUGGUGAUGACAGUAUCUUUAGACCAAUUCUAUAUAAAAUAGUUCUGAAAUGUCAUUUUAUAAUCACUGAUGUAGC